AUGUCUUCCGUUGUAAACAAUGAUAAACACUCGAGCCGGUUUCAGGUUAUUUUAGAUAAAAAUAACAAUUUCUACAAACCAGAAUCGUCACGGAGUAAAUGUACGCCCUUUUAUAUAGAAACAGAACAAUGUGGAUUACUGCGACCGGAAUUUGUCAAACAACUCGUCAAUUACCCGGAUGUCUUCGUGAAGGAUAAAGAUGAGAAGGACAGAGAGAUAGUGCGCCUAGCACCAGAUUUAAAGACACCCUUGAUUCGCACGGAGAAAGUGAAUGCCGUAAUGGAAGAAUUAAGAGCAAAGGAUUUAUUUUGUGGGUUGAGAGGAUGGAGAAAUGAAAAUUAUGAUGUAAAGACCAAGUUCAGUAACCAACCGUUGAUGUGUAUUGAGAGAGCCGCUGCGGAUUUACUAGGUAUCGUACACUAUGGUGUACAUGUAAAUGGUUAUUUCUACAAUGAUUCUGGUGAAUUAAUGAUGUGGAUAGGUCGAAGGUCACCAAAUAAACCAACCUACCCCAACAUGAUGGAUAAUAUGUGUGCCGGUGGUUUGGCUACAGGAUUAGGUGUACGAGAAUGUAUGAUGAAGGAGUGUGCAGAAGAAGCUUCAGUCGAAGAUGAUGAUUUAAAUAAUCUGGUGGCAGUUGGGACUGUCAGUUAUUGUUACGAGGAUGAACGGGGCGUCUUCCCAGAAUGCCAGUUUGUAUUUGACCUUGAACUUACGUCUGAUUUUGUUCCUGAAAAUGCUGAUGGUGAAGUUGGUAGUUUUGAGGCCCAUCCAAUUAGCAAGGUUCAAGAAUUGAUAAUCACCAAUGAUUUUAAACCAAAUUGCAGUUUAGUCAUUCUGGAUUUCUUAAUACGUCAUGGUAUCAUAUCUCCCGAAAAUGAGCCACAUUAUGUAACAUUGGUAGAACAAAUACAUAAACCCUUAUUGAACCUCUACAGAUGAUCAAAGCCAUUUAUAGAAGAAUUGAUCAACCCGUACAGAACCUCUAUUAUUACUGAUAUAGUUUUAUUGUGGGGAUUAUAUUAUUUACAAUGACUAUUUUAAUUUCUCUAUUUGUAUACGCCCACAUUUAAUACGAACAUAUAUUGUUGUCACCCACGUCUGUCCUUCCGCCCGUGGCCGAAUGGUUAGCACGUGCGCGCUGUAUCAUAAGGUCUGUCAUUGAGCCAACUGGCGUGGUUUCGAUUCCCCGGUUGUACGUGACAAGGAGUAGGGUCGCCUGUCCAACCUCGUGAGUUUUCUCCGGGUCCCCCGGUUUCCUCCCACUGCUAAAGACCCCUACGAAUUAUUAAAAUAAAAUUGAACCAUAUGUUAGUCCCGAAAUGACCUAGUUUGUGUCGUGUGGACGUUAAACCCUACUCUUUUGUUGUCACUGUUGAGGAAUACUCCAGUGGUUCGAUCCCGGUGUUGGCCCAGAAAGUUCAUCGACAUUUCCAGUAUGGUUCCCCUUGUCAAUAGUGCCCGACAGAGGGUUCUGAAAGGGACAAGGUAUAGUCGUUCGGAUGGUACGAAAAUCCGAGGUCCCGUGUACGGCGUGCACGUAAAAGAACACGGGUAUGCCCGUCUUCACAAGCCCAGUCGGUGUAAAAUAGUAGGACGUUCCCAUUUGGUGGUGCAGAGAGCCUGGAUGGGACGUGCGCACAUUAAAGAUCCCUUGGCAGUGUAACUUGGAUUACACAAGGAGUUCAAGUCUCUCAAAACAGCACAAUGUAAAACAGGGAAAGAAUUUCUCACAAAACAGCACAAUAAGUGCAACAGCGCGAAAUGGCAAUAAAUCGAGAAUUUACGACACACUUUGAGUUCUGUACGAAGUGUUAAGAAAGUUCUGGACUGGUUUGGUCCGGCUUAUAUAGUUUUGGGGAAAUUCUAGAACUUUGUAACUUUUUCUAGAACCCUCCAAUUAUUUCUAAACAUUGUUUCCAACAGUUUCCAUGGUUUCUAGAAGUUUCCAAAUGACGAUUCCAUAAAGUUCGAUCCAUAAAAUGGUAAUAAACCAUAGAUUUCGAUCAAUGUGAUUAAAACACAGAUCCUAUUUCGUUAAUUUUUUAUAGUUCAAAAUUUCGUUUUACUUGUCUUUACUACACUAGGAACUGGAAGAGUUGUUAUAUUACCGGCGUUCUGGUUGAAGUGAGGUAUUAGACAUUGAAAACAGUUUGUUACGGCAAAUUUUUGGCGUGCGAUUCACGGAACUGUGGGUAAACCAGUAGAAACGUCAAGGCUGAUUGAUUAAUCAAUGCCUGACGUCAAAGGGUCAAAAGCCCCUUGUACGACCCCUCACACAACCCCUCACACAAUCUUUCAAUACAACCGGUCAGAUCUUCAUGUAGUGUAGGCCAUCGAAAGUAUAAAAAAAAAACGAAACGAAAUAUAGAUUUGUAUUUCAAUCAGACUGGAUUUCGAUGAAUUAUCAUGUCUUCAUCACAAUGGUAAAAGGACUGUUUCAAGCUGUGAUAAGUGUUAACUAUAUAUAUAUAUAUCGUGAACCCUCUAAUUACUAAGUCCUUGUUUGGUAAUGAUCCCUUUUUCGUGUUUGUGGAUUGUCUCCCUUGUUAGUGUGUUUUCAUUUUUAGUGGAGUCCAUUAUCACUUCAGGACAGGGACUGUACAGCACCCACGGAUCCCUUCGCUUGAGUUAAUAUUAUUUAAAUUAAUUCUUACUUGCAAUAUUCUUAUGUGUCUAGUCCGUUGGGUUGUUUAUUGUGGGCUGCGGUGCUCGUGACUUAUUAUUAGACAUUCAUCGUCCCAGCGUCGAUGUUUAAACAACAUUUUUUGUUUCGAUUGUUUUAAAGGACAUAAAGCUAUAAUUCAGUAUUAUCCCUAGUCCUCGACAUUGCAAACAUAAUGUUUUAUUCAUUUACAAUCAAUAUAGAUGUUGUUACCUUACCAUGAAAUAUAUAUUGUUUAAUUGUCGAGAGCGAGAUAUUAAAGUAGCUAAGUCUCUAACUCAAUAUCAUCCAAAAUCUUCGACACAGAAAACACGAUUUAUUUGUCGGUUUAAAUCAACAUUGAUGUUGUGACCGUACGGGGAAAAGAUGGGCUUCUGAUAUCCAAUAAUUAAGACAAAAUAAACAUUUUAUCUUUGGUACACGAAUCGUGUACCAUAAUGCGUUUCAGUGCCAUUUGGAACAAGGGACUCAAAGAACAAGGCUAGACAUAUUCCACAAGUCAUGUCAAAUGGUGACGCUAUAUUCUUAUCUGGAGAGCAUGCGCAAUAAAUACCAUCGGUUUAGACUGGAAUAACCAGACGCUAAAGAUUGUCUUCAAUUGAGACUUCUGGCGUAUUUCGCCGAACAUAACUGAUUAGAAAUUACAGAAAAAACAGAAACGAUUGAAUGUAAAUCAGUUUAUAUACAUUCACAUUACAUUAUUAUAUGCGUUGCGACCCAUUUGUGUCAAUUUCUAGAUCCAAAAUAUUAGCUCCGUUAAGUAAUAUAUUGUAACAACAAGAGGACCAUAGGCCCGAGUGAUUUUACAAUAUAUUACACAAUGUCUAAAAGUUCGAGACCAUUAAACGUCUUAAAAUACAGACACUCCGCACGAGCUUUUACAGUGAAAUACGUCACGCAAGUCCAAUAUUUCACUAGAAUAAAUAAUGUACCAUUGGCAAGUUGUCCGUACGAUUAUUUGAAAUAAUGGUGCGCCAACAUCAAAGGGUGACGUCACGUCUGUAUUUUAAAGGAUCCUAAUAUCCAAUAUUUAAGACACAAUGAUAUUAUAAUCAGUAAUUGAUGAAGGCGUGUAAUAUAUGCUCUCUGGUGCCAUUUGUAAUCAGGCGCUUUGAUAAACGAGGCAAAGCGUCUGUGCAUAAGUGAGUGUCAAAUUGCCAUUCGAUUUGUUUCAACGAACAAAACUGAUUAGAAAUUACGAUAAAACUUUAGAUUAAUGAAUGUAAAUCAGUUUAUAUACACUCAUAUUACAUUACUAUGUGCUUUUGGACCUAUAAAUUACGUCUAUUAUAAGAUUACAAAGAAUAUGCCCUUUGAGCACAAGCUCGUGAAGGCUAUUUAAACAGUAAUAAGCAAUUAUCGUUCAGGAUGUUUGAAGAUGUAUUUUAUGAUUCAUGAUCAAUUGGGUAACUUGAUAUAUUUAAAUAAAAAAUACCUUGACAUUCUAUUAAAGGUUACUGUGGCUCAGUGGGUAGGUCGAAAUUAAAAAAAAAAUGGGGUUUUGGGUCCUACAGUUGUGCAUCGACCAUAUUCCCGAGAAAUCCCUCUCUAGCCAUUGCAGGAUUGGCCUCUGAUACUUCAGCUUUUGAGAGAGUGUGUCUAUUCUUCUCGCUUAAUCAAAUCUAUACUAAGUACAACAACAUGACAGUCCUUCGUUUAAUCUGGGGUCUUCCCUAAAACUUUGGACAGUGAUUUAAGGUAUUAAAAACGAUGAAAGUAUUGUUCGUCUCCAAACAGUAUUGUUUACAUUGUAGCCGUUUUAAUAGCCUCGUUUUUGCACGCAAUUAGUUUAUCUGCAAUAUUCUGCUAUGCACUGGUUAAUUGAGCGUUGUCAAUUUCGUGAGUCAUGACGUCACUUUACUCGUAUGUAAACAUAUUUGGAGCUCUUUUUAAACCCGAAUGAUACUGUUACGUAGUUAGGUAUUGGUUGUUAAUCAGACUAUUGACCAGUCAUAACUUGGAACAGAAAUUUGCUUUCAUUACAGCAGCGUUGAGUGGGGAUUAGGCCUAACCAAACGAAACACCUCGAGGCGUAUGACAUCGACUGGACUAAUGAAGACGGGUAUACGCCAUACAGUGUGCUAGGAUCACACAGGACUUCUAAGUUGGCUAAAUCUAUUUGUUAAGACCGGCUCAAUUUUUGUCAAGGUCGCUGAAAUACAAAUAAGGUUAGGGCACGUGAUUGUUGGCGAGAUUGUAGGUUAGGGUUAGGGUAAGCAUUCGGACUGGCUCUUUAGGCUGGAUAUCGCCGGUUCGAUCCUGGUGUUAGCUAAGAAAGUUCAUCUGGAUUUUCCGACGUGGUUUCCCCUUGUCAAUCGUUCAGUUGGAGUGAAAAACCCAAGUCCCGUGUACACAUUGGCGUGUACGUAAAAGAUCCAUUUGCAGUUGGAAUUCGAUAUAAGAAUAGGCCGUAGUGCCGCUGCCCGGGCAACAUUUAUCUCAUAGCAUUCUGUAUGGCGUAUGCCAGUCUUCGUUAGCCCAGUCGGAGCAGAACCCCAUUUCAUUUCAUUUCUAAAAGGAAUUCCUUUUGAUAUUUACAAAGAUAUGUUGAAUUCAAAAUUCAAUUGAUCUAUAUAUACUGCUGAGUGCUCCCUUUGUAAGAAUAACGCCGCCAUCUUUAUUUGCUGUGAACCAAAUUGAUGGGUCUGUUUUAAAUCCGCUUGAAUCCAAGUCGGAAGAUUAUCUAGCGUUGAUAUUGAGAACGUGCCCUUAUUCUGUCUUGGGCGAUGUGACACAACCCUUGGGUUAUUUGUCACUAGUUCUCACAAUGUUACCUAAUAAUAAGAUUGUUAACACAUAAUGUUUUUAAUGUCUUCAAGAGAUAAUAAUGAUUAUGCUUCUUGAGUUUCUGGGUUUAUGUCCUAAUUUCGGUUACCAUAGAUUUGAUUAGCGUGGAUUCUAAAAUAUUUAAUCCGUUUCUAAUGGAGAGGAUUAUAACCCAGACUAAGACAUGUUAACAAUCUAAGUUUAACUGGACAAGAGGGAUUAUCGAGUUAAUGGCUUAAUCUUUAAUUUAAUUAAUUGUUAGUGUACAACAAAUAUAUGUUUGUUGCACACUAUGACAAUAUUUUGAAUUUGUUUUCUUAAUUAAAUUUAAAAUAAUCAGUAUGUGUAUAUGUUAGCGUGCAUUAAGUCGUGUGAAAUUUGAUGUUUUCCGAAAAAUGUUAAUCACCCUUGGUUACUUUAAAUCAAAAACAGGUUGACAUUACGUAACAGGAGUACCUGUGUAACAAUUGUACUUGUUAAUAAUCUAAUAGAAAUAAAAUUACUAGUGUUGAAAAAA